UGCAGCUUAGGUGAGAGGGCGCAGAACUGGGAAGUGACGUAUGCAGUGCGGGAGAGAUGCCAAAGUCACCGGAAGUGAUGUGUUUGUACCGCUGCUGAGCGUUCAGCUUGAGGAAGUGAUGUGUGUUUAGUGCUGGUGACAGUGUGUAGGCUGUCACAGGGACUGCUGCAAGAUGCGUUACGAAAGACCUACAAAUUAUCCCCGGGACUGCAAUUUGCGAAAGUGACUUUGAGUCGUGGGCUCUGGGCCCGAAACUAACUCCCAGACGAACUGUUUGCUUGAUCUACAGAAGAGGUCAAUUAUGGCUUCUUUGGAGACUGGAAGAGAGUCCGGCACUUCCAAUCAAAGUGACCACAAGAACCCGAGUGACAUCUGUGGACUGGUGGAUUUGGACACAUGUGAGAUUCCAUUGUAUGUGUGUGAAUUUGUAGAAAAGGAGAUAGGAAAUGAUUUCAAGUCUCUGAAAAACGUUUCAAACCUCAUAGAAACCAUUAAAGAAGAGAAGAAACAUUUGGAGGAGCAAGUUCUUACUGUUUCCUCUGAGGCUCCUAAACGAAUCCAGGCAGCUUUAAAGAAUGCUGAAGAUUCAAAGACUUCUCUUGAUCUUCUACUCCAAAAAGAAAUUGUAGUGACAGAAUCCAUUAGUGUGCACCUUGAAGAAGCUGCACCAUGGAUGGAUGAUCUAGGGGUACUGAUCAAUCAAAUGGAAGAGGUUGAACGAUACCUUUCCUACCUGAAAUGGAUCUCACAAAUAGAAGAACUCAGUGAUAACAUCCAGCAGCAUCUCAUGACGAAUGAUGUUGCGGAGGCUGCCAGCACACUGGUAUGUAUGGCAGAAUUGGCCAUAAAGCUUCAGGAAUCCUCUUGUUCCCAUUUAUUGACCUUUAUAAAGUCUACAGUUCAGUUUUGGCAUAAAAUUCUGAAAGAUAAACUGACAAGCGACUUUGAAGAAGUGUUAAAUAAUUUGCACUGGCCUUUCAUUGGUCCUCUUCUAUCAUCAGCCUCUGCUCCUCCUGUGUCGGCCACUGUAGCAGAGAUCUACACUAAUCUUGAGACUCUCUUUUCUCAACUUCUCAAACUUCAAACUUCCGAUGAAUUAAUUACAAAACCUAAAGAGAUGCCAGAGAAAUACUCCCUUCCUGCACUACCUCCUAUAAUGCUUCCCAUACAGAUCAUGCUUUCCCCUCUGCAGAAGAGGUUCCGCUAUCAUUUUACAGGCAACAAACAAACCAAUGUCUUAAGCAAGCCUGAGUGGUACCUGACUCAAGUGCUCAUGUGGAUUGGAAACCAUACUAAGUUUUUACAGGAAAGAAUUCAGCCCAUUCUGACAAAAUCUGGGUCUUCUGUGAACGCACAUCUGGAGUUCACGCGUGGUUUAGUCAUGCUGGUGCUGGAGAAGCUUGCAGUGGACAUCCCGUUACUGCUAUAUGAUGACAUUCUGUUUUGUCACCUUGUGGAUGAAGUACUUUUGUUUCAGAGAGAACUUUACACAUCACAUGGUUAUCCCAGCAAUCUCCCAAACUGCAUGCACAUUCUAUCUGAAGAAACCUGUUUUCAAAGAUGGCUGACAGUGGAGAGAAAAUUGGCUCUAGAAAAGAUGGAUUCCAUGCUGUCUGCUGAGGCUGCCUGGACCUCACAAUAUAAAGAUAUAUCUGAUGUGGAUGAAAUGAAGGUUCCAGAUUCUGCUGAAACAUUUAUGACUCUCCUACUUGUUAUCACAGACAGGUACAGAAAUUUGCCCACAGCAUCCAGAAAGCUAAAAUUCCUGGAGCUGCAAAAGGACUUAGUUGAUGACUUCAGGAUACGUUUAACACAAGUGAUGAAGGAAGAGAGCAGAGAUCCCCUGGGCUUCAGAUAUUGUGCAAUACUCAAUGCUGUCAACUACAUUGCAACAGUUCUUGGAGAUUGGGCUGACAAUGUUUUUUUUUUACAGCUUCAACAGGCUGCUCUGGAGAUUUGCACAGAUCUCAAUGCCAGCAGUAAGCUACAGCUUGGGCAGCUGGCUUCCAUGGAAAUAUCUGUCUUCGAUGACCUGAUCAACCUUCUGGAGCGUCUAAAAAAUGACAUGCUAUCUCGUCAGGUAGAACAUGUAUUUAAAGAGGUCAAGGAGGCUGCAAGAAUGUACAAAAAAGAAAGGUGGCUGUCACUGCCUUCACAAUCAGAACAAGCUGUCAUGUCCCUGUCUAGCACAGCCUGCCCAAUGCUUCUGGCACUGAGAGACCGCCUCUUGCAAAUGGAGCAGCAGCUAUGUCAUGCUUUGUUUAAAACUGUCUGGCAGAUGCUUGCUGAGAAGUUGGAUCUGUUCAUUUAUCAGGAUAUAAUCCUGGCAAAUCAUUUCAACGAAGGGGGAGCAGCACAGCUACAGUUUGAUAUGUCACGGAAUCUCUUCCCUUUAUUCUCUCACUAUUGUAAAAGACCAGAGAAUUAUUUUAAACAUGUGAAAGAAGCCUGCAUCAUCCUGAAUUUGAAUGUGGGACCAGCCCUGCUGCUAAAGGACGUUCUUCAGACUGCCAGUGAGAGUAUGAAUGCAUGCAGUUCUAACGACAAACUCCCGUCUUCAACAGCUGCCUUGAAUGAACUUGGGAUCUAUAAGCUAGCGCCACAAGAUGUUGAAAUUCUUUUCAAUUUGCGAACAAACUGGCCAAAUGCUGGAAAGUAACACUUCCUGAAGUUUCCUUUACAUUGGUCAAGGUACAUUGUACAGCUGUAUAGCAACUGCAAUGUGAUCAUUAAAACUCUACAUUUUUACCACUGCCCGUUAACUACUAGCAAUUCUUUACAGAGCUUACAGAGUAUCAUUCACAUCAGUUCCUAUCCCAGUGAAGCUGGCAAUAUAAGGUCCUUAUCACAUUCACUCAAUACACUAGGGUCAGUGUUAUCAGGAACCAAUUAACCUACCAAUAUAUUUUUGAAAGUGGGGGGAAAAAAACAUGCCAAUCUGGAGAGGACAUAAAAACUCCUUUCAGAUGCAAGAAUCAAAUAUAAUAUCAUAUUGUUAAAAUCAUCUUUUUUUUAUUUUGCAAAAUAAUAAUAAUAAAUUCUUUUAAGGUUUAA